UCAAAAGCAGCCACUGUAAAUGAAAAAGUCUAGCAAUAAUUAACUCCUAAACGAUAAAUAAACAAUCCAAGAAGUCUCUUUAUAAAGCGAUAUCUAGCUUCUAAAUUCUCCAAAAAAUCAGAAGAAAAAUGAAUAUUUGGACAUUUAUUAUUUGGUCUCUUUUCUUCGGAGCAGUCAUAGGUGAGCAAUGCGGAAGACAAGCUGGGAACGCCCUUUGUCCUGGGGGUUUAUGUUGCAGUCAAUCUGGUUGGUGUGGUAACACCGGUCAAUACUGUGGUGCCGGCUGCCAAAGCCAGUGUCGGGGUGGCGGAGUUGGAGGAGGUGGUGGUGGUGGUGGUGGUGUUGAAGACCUCGGUAGUGUCAUCUCACGGUCCACAUUUUAUCAACUGUUUAAGCAUCGAAAUGACGGUGCUUGCCCGGCGAAGGGAUUCUACAGUUACGAAGCUUUUAUCUCUGCGGCCAGGUCUUUCCCUGGUUUUGGAACAACCGGGGAUGCUGCCUCACGCAAAAUGGAGAUUGCUGCUUUCUUCGGCCAGGCGUCUCAUGAAACUAUCGGAGGGUGGUCCAGUGCUGCUGACGGUCCAUACACUUGGGGAUACUGCUUCAACAGAGAGCAAACAACAUAUUGCUCCCCCAGUUCCACUUAUCCAUGCGCUCCUAACAUGAAAUAUUACGGUAGAGGUCCGAUGCAACUUACAUGGAACUACAAUUAUGGGCAGUGUGGAAGAGCCAUAGGAGUAGAUCUGCUGAACAAUCCGGCCCUUGAUGCUACUGAUGUUGUCAAUUCCUUUAAAGCAGCAAUACGGUUCUGGAUGACUCCGCAAUCACCAAAGCCGUCAUGUCAUGACAUUAUUACUGGUCGUUGGGCAACGUACGGAGCCGAUUGUUCCGGUGGGCAACUUACAGGUUCUGGGGUGCUCACAAACAUCAUCGAUGGUGCCCUUGAAUGUGGUCAGAGAUGGGACACAAGGGUUGGUGAUCACAUCGAGUUCUAUUAGAAAUAUUAUGCCCUAUUUGGAGUUGGUUAUGGUGGCAAUCUUGACUGCUAUAGUAAAAAAUCAUUUAGGGAUGGAAUUCUGGAAUUGGUUGAUUUCAUGUAAUUUUACACUCUUGAACUUAUGAAUUAAAGAGAAGAUGGUAUAAGAAAAUAAU